CCGCCCGGCAAAGAUGGCGUGGUUGGCGUUGCGGCGGCUCGGGCCGGUUCUGGCGCCGCGCUGCCCGCGCCUCUCAUUACGGCCGCAGGUCCCCGCGGUGCGGAGGCUGGGCACCGGCUCGCUGCUGCUGUCCGCCCGCAAAUUCACAGACAAGCAUGAAUGGAUAUCAGUUGAAAAUGGCAUUGGAACAGUAGGAAUCAGCAAUUUUGCACAGGAAGCAUUAGGAGACGUUGUUUAUUGUAGUCUUCCAGAAAUUGGGACAAAAUUGAAUAAAGAUGAUGAGUUUGGGGCUCUGGAAAGCGUGAAAGCUGCUAGUGAACUCUACUCUCCUCUCACAGGAGAAGUGACUGACAUUAAUGCUGCCCUUGCAGACAACCCAGGGCUCGUCAAUAAAUCUUGUUACCAAGAUGGUUGGCUUAUCAAGAUGACUGUGGAAAAGCCUGCUGAGCUUGAUGAACUGAUGAGUGAAGAUGCGUAUGAGAAAUACAUAAAAUCCAUUGAGGACUGAGCUGGAAUGAUGAAAUAAACCCAUAUAAAAUGUUUCAAUGUAGUCUGUCAUCCAUCACUUGAAGUAAAGAAUAUCCUGUUUUGGCAAGCUGAAAAGUAUCACUUAUGUUACAUACACAUGCCAUAAAUAAUUGCAGUGAUAAAAUGUUUAACAUGUGCAUACUUGUAAGGGAUUUUCAUUCUAUACUGCCUGAUUUAUGUAACUUUGGGAUACAAGAAGAAACCAGUGCCUCUCUAACCUCCUAAUACUUUGACCUGGUUAGCUAUAGUUGCAAGGAUGAUACCAAAAAAAAAGAGAAACUACAUCGACUACCUCUUUGCAUGAUUCUGUUGGUUUUUUACUUCUUUACAUAGUAAAAUGAAGACGGAAAGCGUAAAGAAUUAAUAAAUACAAAUAAUUC